GCUGCGCUAUUUAGAAUAAGUCCUGUUCUAUUCGGAGACAGAAGCUGUCGGACUUCACCAUGGUUACGAUCACAACGGCUUAUUUGAUGCGAAUUGCUGCAAUUUUACUCUCCUUGUUACUGAACUCAAUAGUUGCAGCAGAUGAUGGUGCAGGAGGCAGCGUAACAGUAUCAGGCGGUCCCAACACCAAAAUGCCAAACACCAACCAAUCCACUAUAGAUAUCCACGGGUGUCCAGUUCAGAUUCCACCUGCCCCGGUCCAAUGUCCACCAGCGGAAAUUAAUCCGGUCUAUAAACCGUCUCCGAUGGUACCUGUACCAUCAUUUGCAACUGCGAUAACCACUGUACCCGAUGAAUGCGGGACGCCAGGCUUUGUCCCCGGCGCAUGUUACGUCCACGGACCCUUGCUCGCAUCGUCCCUACUACCGAAACCGACUCCAAUGCCGUCUCUCGACGUAGGAGAAAUCGGUUGCGACGAAGUGGUUGGCUACUUCCUGGCCCUCUACCGGUACUACGAUAGAAAGUGUCAACGGAUUGGGGCAAAGUGCCCUUACAAGUACCAAUACGCAGCGGCCUGGUUCGACAAGGUGGCGGCAGAUAUGGCCAGUCGCUGUAAUGCGGCUUGUUGAAGGAGAAUCAGCUCGGAUGUUCGGGCAAGUCGCGGGAUUGGAUUGACAGUGUUGAAAACCGCUAUACAACUGGAAGCUCCAAAAUUAGGAUAAUAAAUAAAAUAUUGUGAAUUCAAAAUUUAUUCAGUAUCAAUAAAGUGAUGACCCGUUUUUAUCAAUAUGGUGUAUUAUGAGUAUAUAUUGACAAAAUCGGGACAUUUUUUUUCUUUCUUUUUAAUAAA